GGGAGCGGAGCCGCAGCCCGCAGCGCCCCGGCUGCCGCCGCCUCCGCCUCAGCAGCGCCCGUCGGGAGGCGGCCGGGCCGCGCCGAGCUCCCCCCGCUCCGAGCCCGCCCAGCGCCAUGGCGGCCGCCGAGCCCGGCAGCGGCCGCUACCAGCAGCUGCAGAAUGAAGAGGAGCCAGGCGAGACUGCACCGGUGGUAAAUGACGCCCCUCCGCCCUACAGCAGCAUUUCUGCGGAGAACACAGCUUAUUUUGACUACAAGGAUGAGUCAGGAUUUCCUAAGCCUCCAUCUUACAACGUGGCCACAACACUGCCUAGUUAUGACGAGGCAGAGAGAACCAAGGCUGAGGCCACAAUUCCCUUGGUUCCUGGAAGAGAGGAUGACUUUGUGACACGGGAUGACUUUGACGACACUGACCAGCUGAGGAUAGGAAAUGAUGGCAUUUUCAUGCUAACUUUCUUCAUGGCAUUCCUCUUCAACUGGAUUGGAUUUUUCCUGUCUUUCUGUCUGACUACUUCAGCUGCAGGAAGAUACGGGGCCAUUUCUGGGUUUGGUCUGUCUCUUAUCAAGUGGAUCCUUAUUGUCAGGUUCUCCACCUAUUUUCCCGGUUACUUUGAUGGUCAGUAUUGGCUUUGGUGGGUGUUCCUUGUACUAGGUUUUCUGCUGUUUCUCAGAGGAUUUAUUAAUUAUGCAAAGGUUAGGAAGAUGCCAGAUACUUUUUCCACUCUCCCCAGAACCAGAGUUCUCUUUAUUUACUAGAGUGUCUCAGCAGAAACCACCAGCUGUGUGCCGAGUGCAGGUGUUUUACGUUGGAUCUCAGGUCUGAAUGGUUCUACCCAGCAUGACUGGAACAGGCAAUUUGUGAGAGCUGGUGCCUCUCAUACUGAAACGGUUGAUAUAAAGAUACAGAAGUCAUAAUCAUCGUGUGUGGAUGCAGCAAAUAAGACGUAGUACAAUUUUGUUCUCUUCUCCUAGUGCAAAUGCAGUGUAACUUCAUGAACGGGUGUGUUUUUAUGCCGGAGUUUCUAAGAGCGUUGCCUGUUUCAGUGUCUGUUUUUAACUCUUCAGGAAUUUUAACUCUUUAGAAGUGUAACAUAUAUACAAAAACUGCACAUUUCAUUAGAGUCAUGUCAUUGUGUACUGAGAUACUUCAUAAGCCUUUAGACAUCCUGCACUCUUUGUGAACUACAUCCUUCUGUUAUCCAAAAUAGCAAUCUAACUAUAGUUUCAAUAUUCAAUAUCCUUCUCCAACAGAUGUUUUCUGGCAAAUGUCGUCCUGCGUUAGUGAAUUCUCCCUCAAGAAGUAAUAGGACACCUGCAGGAAGUGAAUCAAGACUCUGAAACAGAAGAAAAAAUAAUCACCUGCUUUAAAAUAAAUAAAUAAAAGUACUGUUGAAAAA